CAGCCGCGCUUCCCCCGAGCCACCGUCCCGAGUCCGGCCAGGAUCCGCCGCUGCCUUCCCGACCCCGCGCUGUGGGUGGGGGUAGCCCGAAGGUGCCCUAAUAACGCGUGCACACCCCGGGAGCAGCGGAGAGCCCUCGGCGCAGCUCCUUCGGCUGCCGCUGGCCGCGAAUCCCGGCCGUGCCGGAGGAGACCCGCGGGGACUGCUCCGGGUCACCAUGUCCCUCGGGGGCAGCCGCUGGCCGGUUCGCCUGCUGGUGGUCACCUGCGUGAUGGCCAGGACGGCGCUGAGCCAGGAGUGCUCCGCGGAGAAGAUGGAGAAUACCAUAAUCGACAUAGAUCUGUCCCUGCCCCGCGGCGUCCGGGGCGCGGAGCCGCUGCGCGUCCCCAGCGCGAGUGCGUGUGUCCGCGCCUGCUGCUCGGGGCACCGGCUCGCAGGAGACAAGAAAUGUAAUUUGAUUAUUUUUUAUGCUGCAAGAGCAAGUACACAUCCAAACUGCUACUUGUUUUACUGUCCUAGCACUGAGGCUUGUCCAAUGAAACCUGCAACAGGACUUGUGAGCUACAAGAUAACUACAGACAUUCAUGCCCUAGAGGAUAAAUCCAUCAAAACUGAGAACUUUUCUUCAAAUGAGUAUUCUUUGCCUUCGGAUGCUGGAAUCUUUACUUCUCAGAGUCAGAAUAUCCAUCAGAAUCACACUGCCAGUUUGGAGCAGUCUGUCUUUCAUCAGGCAUCUGAACUCCUGAACCACAUAGGCAAGCAUUUGGACAAUAUGGAACUUCAUACAGUUUCUCCUGAAUCUCAAAGAGCAAAAGAAUGAGAGCUUAGACCCCAUCUCAAGGCAGCAGAUAAUUAAUCUGCCACCAAGCACA